GCAGGCGCGCAGGACAGUUUUCUCGAGUGUCUUCAGUAUGAUGUUGCGGGCGGUGUCUUUGGUGCUUAUUGGCACGUGCGUGGCGUGGGCCGAGCGCGACCUGGACCGCCUGGUCGCAGGGCGCCCGAUCCAGCACGGCGUCCCGGGCGUGCAGACCUUCGGCGAGGCCGCGGCACAGGCGAGGCCUCAGGACCUCACGCGGCCUCUCCCUCGUCCUCCACACCUCAGGAACUCUCCCACUCCGCCUCCCGGCUUCCAGCAGCGCCCACAGGUCCAGCCGACGCCGCCACCAGGAUACCAGCCGAAGCCCCAGGUUCAGCCGACGCCUCCUCCAGGAUACCAGCCGAAACCCCAGGUGCAGCCUACGCCUCCUCCUGUCCAAACUCUGCCGGAGGCGCUGCACGAGGAUAAAACAGCACCACUGCCUCCGAAGAGCGAACUCCUGAGACCGUUUCCUCGUCCCGGAAGGCCACAGACGCUUCCAGGCCUGGCGGACGGCACUGGUAGCGCCGAGCCCCUGCCUGCCCCCCUGCCCCAGCGCCCCCAGACGCUCCCCGCGCCCCUGCCCGGGACGCCCAUCGUCUUUCCGGGAAUCCUACCGGUGAUCCCAGAGACCCUGCCGGCCACGCUCCCGGAGGACAAGGCCGCGCCCCUGCCGCCCAAGUCUCAGCUCACCAAGCCGGCCUCUCACCCUCAGCCCCUUCCAGCUGCCCUCCCUCAGGGCGUCCAGACCCUGCCCGCUGUGCUUCCAGGUCGCCCCCAGACGCUCCCAGCUGACCUGACGGAGGAAAAGACCGCCCCCCUGCCUCCUAAGUCAGAACUCACCAAGCCGGCCUCUCGCCCUCAGCCCCUUCCAGCUGCCCUCCCUCAGGGCGUCCAGACCCUGCCCGCUGUGCUUCCAGGUCGCCCCCAGACGCUCCCAGCUGACCUGACGGAGGAAAAGACCGCCCCCCUGCCUCCUAAGUCAGAACUCACCAAGCCGGCCUCUCGCCCUCGGCCCCUUCCAGCUGCCCUCCCUCAGGGCGUCCAGACCCUGCCCGCUGUGCUUCCAGGUCGCCCUCAGACGCUCCCAGCUGACCUGACGGAGGAGAAGACCGCCCCCCUGCCUCCUAAGUCAGAACUCACCAAGCCGGCCUCUCGCCCUCACCAGACCGAGGACGACGAUGGCUUCGCCCCACUUCCAACGGGCCCUCAGGUCCAGCCCAGACCGCCUCCCGGGGACCUUACCAAGCCCGCCCCCCGACCACCUCGCCCGCAGGUGCAGCCCACGCCCCCGUCAGGCUUUCUGCCCGCGCAGACCCUGCCAGCGGAGCUUCCAUCCGACAAAACAGCGCAGCUUCCUCCCAAAUCGGAGCUUCUGAAGCCCGCCCCCCGACCGCCCCGCCCGCAGGUGGACCCAAGACCCGCCCCGGGACAGCUCACCAAGCCAGCCGCUCAACCCUAGGGCUUCAAGAUGCGUCCCGUUUAACUCCUGUAAAGUCAGCUGCAUGCCGUUACCAAGCAACAGAUUUAAAGAAAAAUGUGUGUCACAGCAGAUAAAUCACACUUUUUAUCCAGUCUUGAAUUACUAAACUGAAUAUAAAAUACAAAUAUUGUAACACUUUUUCCGUUGUUGUGUUUAUAUAGAAUAUAAAAGUAUGAUAACCAAA